UGCCGUGGUUUCCUUUCAAGAUGGCGUUGCUGCCGCGGGAGCAGUGUGGCUGCUGCUGGGAAAUAAAAUCAUUUUAAAGGGUGGUGGAAUCCUAAGAAGAGAAACGUUUGUCACACUUAUUAAUGUCCGCAUUGGAGCAUGGUCAGCGCCGCUGUUCCAAAAUAAGCUGAAUGCAUUGUGAUUUCCAAUAAUUGAGACAGUGAUUCUGACAGCUGUCUGCAUUAAUGAAAAGAGCAAUGUAGUCAGCUUAGCAUAUUCUCAUCUGGUACGCGGUCUAAACAGGGAGGAUCUUCUGCUUUUUGGGAAUCUGCAAAGAUUAUAUGAAUUGUCAGUUUUCUAUAAGGUUUAGGUAUAUUUUUUUGCAAGCAACAUGGAUAUAGAUGAAGUUCUCCCCCCUCUUCCUCUGGAGCCACCUGAUGAUUUUGAUCUAGACCAGAGCAGAGCACCUCCACCACCUCCCCUGCAAACGUCCAGUGACGCAGAGGUAAUGGACGUUAGCUCUGGUGGUGAUGGACACACGCACACCCCAGGGGAUGGGGAAGCAACACAGGAGCUUAUCAGCAAGGGCUCCCUUAUUUUCUCUACACACCACACCAAUGAAGCUAGUCCCAACCCAACGUGCCCCAGAACAGCCCGCCAUGCUCCUCAGGUCACCAAGUUCCUGCCAGACCUGAAGCAGCUUAGAGAUGUUAAGAUCAGAGUGAGCUUCACUGAGAGCAGCAGCAGCACUAGCAGUAACAGUAGCAAAGAGAGGAAGGUGUUAUAUACAGGUGAGGGCCAAGAGACAGGAAGUGAUGAUUGUUUAACUCAUCUCAAUGGUGAAAUGCAAGACAUGGAAAGUUUGUUAGAGGUUGCUGAGAGUAGCAGCGGAGCUGGGAACGCAGCAGGCAGCAAGUCGGAGGAGAGUGCUGUAGACCUGGAAAAUAAGGUAGAGUUUGCCGUUUUGGAUGAGUUGGAGGACUACUACGACAUCCUGGUGGGUGAUGGGGAGCAGGGCGGCUUUAAAUCCGACGCCAUAGUUCAGCGGGAGCCGGUGGACGACGAGGCUGCUGUCUACGGGUAUGAGGAGGGCUUCGACAACGACGUGGAUGCUCUUCUGGAGGAGGGCAUGCCAGUCCCCAAAAAGAUGCGCCUAGCAGACGACAAAUACGCUGCCGGCGACAGCGAUCACCAGUCCGACGGAGACGGUGAAGGGGGCGUUCAGCCGAUGGUGACCAAAAUAAAGACUGUCCUGAAGAGUCGAGGCCGUCCACCAACGGAGCCUCUUCCCGAUGGCUGGAUCAUGACAUUCCAUAAUUCAGGCAUUCCAGUCUACCUGCACAGAGAGACCAGAGUGGUCACCUGGUCCAGACCAUACUUCCUUGGAACGGGCAGCAUCAGGAAACACGACCCGCCUACCAGCAGCAUCCCCUGCUUACACUACAAAAAGAUGAAGGACCAGGAGGAGAGGGAUCUGAAUGGAGAGGUAACGUCUAACGUGGAGGAGCCUCCGGUGAAGGCUGCUGACGGGGAGAAAGCAGAGGAGCAGGAGGAACACCCGUCAUCCACCGUGGAGGAAGGAGAGAGUGUGGAAGAUGGCGUCGUGCAGAAUAAAGAGGCGCAGGCGUGCGACACCGCCCAGGGAGCCUUAGGGCAGGUCAAGGCCAAGGUGGAGGUGUGCAAAGAUGAGUCCAUAGAACUUGAAGAAUUCCGUCUUUACCUGGAAAAAUGCUUCGACUUUGAACAAGUCACCGUUAAGAAGUUUCGCACCUGGGCCGAGCGCAGACAGUUCAACAGAGACAUGAAGAGGAAGCAGGCAGAAUCGGAGAGGCCCAUCCUUCCUGCCAACCAGAAACUCAUCACACUGUCGGUCCAGGACGCUCCCACUAAGAAAGAGUUUGUCAUCAACCCGAAUGGGAAGUCUGAAGUUUGCAUCUUGCAUGAAUAUAUGCAGCGGGUCCUGAAGGUUCGGCCUGUUUACAACUUCUUUGAUUGUGAGAACUCAAGCGAACCCUUUGGUGCUUCAGUCAUCAUAGACGGAGUCACUUACGGCACAGGAACUGCAAGCAGUAAAAAACUGGCCAAAAACAAAGCUGCCCGAGCUACACUGGAAAUCCUCAUCCCUGACUUUGUGAAGCAGACCUCGGAGGAGAAACCCAUCGAGGGCGAUGAACUAGAGUAUUUUAAUCAUAUCAGUAUAGAAGACUCCAGAGUGUACGAGUUGACCAACAAGGCUGGUCUACUUUCACCAUAUCAGAUUCUUCAUGAGUGCCUUAAAAGAAACCAUGGGAUGGGUGACACCAGCAUUAAAUUUGAGGUGAUCCCUGGAAAGAACCAGAAGAGUGAAUAUGUUAUGACAUGUGGGAAGCAUACAGUGAAAGGCUGGUGUAAGAACAAGAGGGUCGGCAAACAGCUGGCAUCUCAGAAGAUCCUACAGAUGCUCCACCCCCACGUUAAGAACUGGGGCUCACUGCUGCGCAUGUACGGCAGAGAAAGCAACAAGAUGGUCAAAAAGGAGAGUUCAGACAAGAGUGUGAUAGAGCUGCAGCAGUUUGCCAAGAAGAACAAACCCAACCUUCACAUCCUGAACAAACUGCAGGAGGAAAUGAAGAAGCUGGCGGCUCAGAGGGAGGAAACAAGAAACAAACCCAAGAUGACCAUAAUGGAGUCGGCCCAGCCUGGAAGCGAGCCCCUCUGCACUGUCGACGUAUAAGUCUGGGGAUCGCGGCACCUAAAGCCAGUCACUGCCGAAAACGGUGAAUGGCAUCAUGGUGUCCAAACAAACGCAUCACACUGAUCAGACCAGUAGAGCUGCUCGCUGCUUCCUUCUGCUACAUUUUAUAGGUUGAGUGAACAGGUGCCAGAACAGGCCUGAAUGCACUUACUGGAGCCUAGAGAUUGAAAAAACAGUCUACCUCUCUAGAUGCAUCCUAAAAAAAAAACAAACAGACUUGAUAGAAUAUGAACCACAA